AUUCAUUGAACGGAGUGCUAACGUCUGAAAAAUCAUGAACUUUCGCUGUAAAUUCAUUUUGCUGAUAAUUACCAUAUCGAUCGUCGUCAUGGCGGCUGUGGUCCUCAGCCAUGUAAUGACGAACAUUGGCGAGCGCAUGGGACUUGGCUGGUUUCUGUACACGACCAGUCCGUACUUGUGGGCUGGCCUGGGCAUUGGGUUGUCGGUGUCGCUGUCCGUGGUGGGCGCUGCCGUCGGAAUCUACACUACGGGGACCAGCAUUGUCGGCGGUGGCGUCCGCUCGCCUCGGAUCAAGACCAAGAACCUCAUUUCGAUUAUAUUCUGCGAGGCGGUGGCCAUUUAUGGUCUCAUCAUGGCCAUCGUUUUGUCUGGCAGCAUAAACAACUAUCGUCUGGCGAAGAUGCUGAGCAACAAGGCUCAAAUGGCCAGGAAUAUGUACACAGGAUUCGCUGUAUUUGGAGCCGGGCUGGGCGUCGGAUUGGUUAACAUCGCUUGCGGUGUGGCUGUUGGCAUUGUGGGCUCUGGCGCAGCCCUAGCCGAUUCGGCCAAUGCCUCGCUGUUCGUCAAGGUGCUGAUUGUGGAGAUUUUUGGCUCGGCCAUCGGUCUCUUUGGACUGAUUGUGGGCAUAUACUUAACGUCCAAGGCGGAGAUGAUUUAAUGCCCGAUUACAAAUCAAAACUACUAUUUAUUAAGGCGCCUAUUAAAGUAAUUAAACACUAAUCUUCCUCAUCGUCG